CCUUGUCUGCGCGUGCUUCACGUCAUCAUAAGCGUGUGAAGAAUCAAAUUCUUGAUUGCAUCUCAAGCUCAGCAGAAGCUACCACGUAGUAAAAAUUUUCAUGAAAAAAAAGAAAAAAAGAAGGAAAAAUUGGAGACAAGGAAAAUCCCUCACUCAUCAAUCAUUGUGUCCCAAAACAACAAAGCCAACAGCCGGUCCCAUCACCAUACCCAAAAAAAAAGCAGGAUAUAAUCUCCCACAACUUACAAAACCCAAGCCAGACCAAGCCAAUAGAGAAAUUAACUCAUAGCGGAGAAGGCAAACAAAAAAAAAAAAUGAGAAACCCUGCAACAGCAACAGCAACAAGAAACAACAACGGACGCCAGAAGAAGGGGCCAUGGACGCCAGAAGAGGAUGAGUUAUUGGCCACUUGCAUCAAGAAGGAAGGUGAAGGACGGUGGCGGACUCUGCCGAAGCGGGCGGGGCUUCUGCGUUGCGGUAAAAGCUGUCGCCUCCGGUGGAUGAACUACCUCCGACCCUCCGUGAAACGAGGUCAGAUUGCCCCUGACGAGGAAGAUCUCAUACUUCGCCUUCACCGCCUUCUAGGCAAUCGAUGGUCACUCAUAGCUGGAAGAAUCCCAGGGCGUACAGACAAUGAGAUUAAGAACUACUGGAACACUCACCUGAGUAAGAAGUUGAUCAGACAAGGAAUAGAUCCAAGAACCCACAAGCCUUUAAACCCUCAACACUCAACAGCCCAUCUCAAAGCUUCUUCUAAUUCCUCCAAGGCAAAUCUUGGAGCUUCAGCUGCUACACUUCCUAACCCUAAUAUUAAUCCUGCUUCUUCCAGCGCUCAAAUCAUGGCUGCUGAUAAAGAAAAUGAGCAUUUCCAGAAUCACUAUCAAACUUAUGACACAGCAAUAGCCCAUGGAUUCACCAGUGAUCUGCUUAAUUGCGAUGCUUCUCGAAUAGAAAUGAGAAGCAGCAGCAACCAAAACCAAGGAAGCAAUGAGGACUGCACUGAUGAUGCCUUCUCUUCCUUUCUAAAUUCAUUGAUAAAUGAAGAUGCUUUCACCAACCAGAAUCAAAUGCAACAGCAGACCAAUGGAAUUGAGCAAGUUGAUGGAACAACUUUCAGCCUAGGCCAAGGCUGGGAAUCUCCCAUCAUGUCUUCUAAUUAUUUCAACCAAAAUGACCCCAAGAGGAUUAAUGAUCAUCUCAUCUAGCUCUUCUGAAGCGUCAGCUUGCACUAUGAAAUUACAGCUGCAGAUUAGCUUAAAAUAUAUGGUGUUCUCUUCUAGGGUGGGCAUGGUUAUUAUUUUAUGUACGUUAAUUGUCUGAAAUUGUUCCAAUUAAUUCGUCGUCCAAUAUAUUGUUUUCAUUUUGUUGUGUUUGCAGAUAUAUAUAUAUAUAUAUAUAUAUAUAUAUUAUAUGUACCAUUGUAAACAAAGAUGUAAGGGGAACAAUGUCAUUGAGUCCGAAUGUAUUGUUCCACUGAUUAUUGAUAUCCUAUGGCAGUGUUUCCAUCAAUUAUCUAUAACCAUCUUGCAUUAGGUUUGAUUAAUUCACACUGUGUCUGAUUUUUUUAAGCUUAUCUUUCGAAGUUAUUUGGGCUCUUUUACGAAGGCUCUCGGAUGAAGUUAUA